AUGACACUGGGUAGUCUGGCUUUGACCGCUUUUAUCCUCAUUUUCGGGCGGCUGUGUUAUUUUUUGCUUGCAAAAUAUAAAGACCAUCGUUACGAUUCUGCUUUGGGAGUUCAACAUGGCUGCGAAUUACCGCCCGAGCUUCCCAAAAAAUGGCCACUAGGAAUUGAUCGAAUCAAGGACCUCUGGGAGACAAACGCAGAAGGCCGCCUCCUUCAAUACCUCUGUAAAGUCGCGGAAGACUACGAGCCUCAAAAUAAUCUGAGUCAAUAUCUGUUAUUUGGACCAAGAGCCUUUCAUGUGCUGCAUCCUGCGAAUGUGGAGACUGUUUUAUCCACUAACUUCAAAGGUAAUCAUCUGUACUUUUGUUGGGAAACCAGCAGCUGGGGUUAUUUGCUGAAUCUUCCACCAGAUUACGGCUUUGGCGCUCGUCCGAAAAUCUUUGCACCUUUACUGGGAAACGGGAUUUUUACUCAGGAGGGCGCCGCAUGGAAGCAUUCACGAGACCUUCUGCGAAAGCAGUUCAUUCGUGUCCAGUCUCAAAACUUUGACCAUUUUCAUGAGCAUGUCGACAACCUAAUUCAUCAAUUACCUUCAGCCGGAGUGGUUGAUCUCCAACCACUUUUCAUGGAUUUGACCUUAGACACCGCCACGGCUCUCCUUUUUGGUAGAUCAGUCUACGCUUUGAGGGCCGGCAUUGACCAAGACAAAGAGAACAAGAUGUUCGCAGAAAGUUUCAACAUUGCGCAAGAAGGCAUCGCCAAACGCUUUCGCAUAGCACCCUGGCAAUUUCUCUAUAGCCCUCCAUCGUUCCGAAGAGCCUGUCGUGAUGUGCACCGCUUUGUCGAGAAAUACAUCAAAGAAUUGAAUUUAGAAAAUGCGGAAACAGAUCAAAGGAAACAGUACGGUUUCAUCAAACAAGUCGCCAAGGAGUCCGCAGACACGAAAGAGCUCCGUGAUCAACUUCUGAAUGUCUUGCUCGCUGGCCGAGAUACGACGGCAUGCUGUUUAUCUUGGACAUUUCGACUACUUGUCCGUCACUCGAACGUAAUGGAGCGUCUGCGAAGGGAGAUUGCUUCUAUAAUGGAGGCUAACCCCACACCAAGUAGAGAGCAAAUCAGAAAAAUGCCAUAUCUUGCUCGUGUCAUCAAAGAAAGUCUUCGUCUCUACCCUCCUGUUCCGCUAAACAACCGGGAGGCAAUACGUACUACAAUCCUGCCAACCGGGGGCGGCCCAGAAGGAGACAAACCCAUGUUGGUAAGAAAGGGUGAAUUGGUUGUCUUUUCACAGUAUGUAAAUUCGAGAAAAAGGAACAUAUAUGGUCAUGAUGCGUACGAAUUUCGUCCUGAGCGAUGGGAGAGCGGCGAGCUUGCCAACAUUGGGUGGGGCUUAUUUCCUUUCAGUGGUGGGCCUCGCCAAUGCUUAGGGGAAGACUUCGCUCAAAUGGAAAUUUCCUAUACGAUCGUGAGGAUGUUGCAGGAAUUUCCGCGGAUCUCGCUUCCCAAGGGGGAGCCAAAUGAACCAGUUGGAAGCGAGAGGCAGCGACUAACACUGGUUUUAUCGAGCGCUGAGGGCUGCAAGGUGGAGAUUCGAAGGGUGUAA